CCACCAAUCUGAGUCACCAGCAACCUCGCCCGCCUGUGUUUAACUCCGCCCGCCGGCCCACGUGACGCCGCCACACCGGAUCGCGCGCCCGCCCGCGUGCCGCCGCGGCCUUGCCUUCCUUAUUGCCGGCCGCCCGGGCUCGCCGCGCGCCGCCGCGCCGAGCCGAGGGGACGAUGGACUGGUACGCGUGGCUGUGCCGGGCGGGGCUGCACCCGGACGUGGCGCUCGAGUACGCGCUCCUCUUCGCGCGCAACGAGCUCGGCGCCGGCGACGUGCGCCACCUCGACCACGAGGUGCUCGCCUCCAUGGGCGUCGCCGUCGCCAAGCACCGCAUCGAGAUCCUCAAGCUCGCCAGGCGGGAAUCCUCCUCCUCCUCCGGCGCCGCCCUCCCGUGGCGCGCCACCCGGCUGCUCGCCGCGGCCGUGCGCCGCUCCGCGCGGUCCGCGCUCGGCCGCCUCCGCGACCGGGCCGCCGCCGUCCACGCCCUCGCCACGCCGCGGCACUGCGGUGGCUGGGGCUGGGGCGCGAUUGUCGCGUCGCCCGUGGCGGCGGCGGCGCGCGGCGGGGUCGGGAAGCCGCCGCUGCCGCUGCCGAUGGUGCUGGCGCAGGUGAGCAGCCCCGUCGUGCUCACCAGCAGCUGCGCGGCGACGGUCAAGGCGCUGCCCGCGCCGCCCGAUCCCGGCCACGGGCACGGCGGGGAGGAGUCCGACGGCGACGGGGAGGAGGAGAUGGACGGCGGCGAGGAGAUGCGGUGGGAGUCCAUGUUCCAGGAUCUCAAGCCCACUUAGCCGGGGCCACCCACGCUAGCCAAGUGCGCCGCGCAGCUGCUGCCUGCCGGCCGGCCGGUGCCUACCUGCCGCCGUCCUGCCGUGUACGUGCAGCGAGCGACGGCGACGAGGCACCAACUCUCCGGUGCACGGUGGCCACUGGCCAGUGACAGCGCUCACUAGUUUACUACCAACCAGCUGCUCUGCUCUGUGUGUUGCAACCGUGUAAAUAUCAGUGUGAAAAAGAAGAAGACUAAGAAAAAAUCCAUGCCUGUAAAAUUUUCAUCUGGGAAUCGAUCCAUGUUCUCGCA